CCUGAUGUAAACGAGACUGUGAUUGGAUACUCACUUGUCACUCCAAAGUGAGUAUCCAAUCACAAGUUGCAACUUAGCAGGAAACAGGAAGUGUUGACCCACAAAGAAGGAGAACAAAACAUUGUUUAGCUGACAGAUAUAUGUUGUGAUGUUAUGAGCUAAGUAACAUAAGAACUCCGCUACCCAGCAUGCCACAGUAGUAAAGAGCAUGUAGUAGCCCCUUUUAGGUUGUUGAAUUUAGCCAUGCAGCUGGAUGGUACUGACGCUGUGGAGUAAACUUUAAAAACUUAGCCAACACGCCUCGUCUGCAACACAACACAUGUAUUUGCAAGGCCAUGUUCAAGAAGGAUAUUUAAAGAGAAACUACAUCUUGUGAGACCAUGUCGGCCAACCCUGGAAGCUGGAAUGGGUGCUACAAAUUCUCUUAUUUUGCAGCGCACUUCCGCCAUCACGUCGUCAACUAUGUGUCGCUGCUGCCCUCUGUUGGAUUUCCAGUGCUAUUGCCGGUGUGACGACACAGAAGUUGACCGAAUGAAAAGUGCCAGCCUGUGUGCGCACGUGCAUACGUUUCACAGAAGCCAUGACGGGCAGCCCGGAGAACAUCCCACUGGGGGAGUACGCGCUGUCGCAGUCCCGGGACCAGCUGACGCCGCCCAGCCGCACGGACAGCACCGUGCUGACUCUGUCCCGCAGCGACUCGCUCUGGACGACCGAGACGCCGCCGGGCCGCUGCCAGGUCUUCUGGUUCCCCAUCCACUUCAUGUCCACGGGCGGCGGCCUGCUGGCGUGCGGCGUCAUCAUCAGCGGCUUCUACUUCGCCGGCCACAGCAGGAAGGUGAGCAACUUCCUGGGCCCCGCCCUGCUCUCCAUAGGCCUCAUGGUGCUGGUGGUGGGCGUGGUCCUCAUCCCCAUCACCAAGGAGAACCGGAGACGCUCCAGAGUGAAGAAGCCACUGGCUUACCACCGACAACCCGCCUUCAACAUCUGACCGCCGCCUCAACGCCAAGGAGGACUAGCACGGUCUGUAGUCUUUUCCGGGGUAAAGCUGUGGCCACAGUGUUUGGAGUGUGUGGUGCAAGUGUAAGGAGAAAUGGAGCCAGCAUCACAGGUUGUGCGCAGGACUCCACCGCCGUGUUGCGUGAGGAAUGUGAAAUGUCAAUAAAUGCAUGACAUUUUAUUGCAAACUUAUUCCCAGCUCCUUCCUGCUCCGUCACUGCUAAGAAUAUAAUGGCACAUUUCCCCCACGCAGUCAAAUCAAUACGGUUAUUAAUGCAACUAUUAAAUUA